UAAAUAUAUAAACAAAUGCAGCACCGCCGAUUACAGUAACCAAAGGCGGUUCUCCCACUUUCCAUUUAUGCAACUCUUUCCUUAUAUAUUUGCACUUGGAGCUCAAGUUCUUGUUCUUUCUCAUCAAUCAUAAACACACAAUACUACUCAAAGCUCGUGUUCCACACGGUUUGAUUGUUUUCUUGUUCCAAUGGAUUACGCAGGAACCGAGUUUCAAGCUAGUUUAGAUUCGGAGCAAGAAGGAUCAACGGUAUCUGAAUCUGGAAGCUGUGAUUCGUACGAGCAACCAAGACCUUCUUUCGCCGAUGAACACGGUCUCAUGGAGUUGCUUGAAGGCGACAAAGCUUACGAUUUAAUCUACCGUAACUGUAAGUCUGGUCUCGGAGAUCAAUGCCAGCUUCUCUCCAUCCUCAGAAACGGGUUUCGAACCAUAGGGUCUCGUGCAAAGCUCAAGACUUUCCAGGUUUUUCAAGAGGCGGUGGAAAUGAAACACGUCGGUGAAGGCGGCGGCGGCGGCGGGAGUAGAGUCAAAUACGGUUGGUGCGCCGUCACGAAAACAGAGUUGAAAUCUAUUUUGGAAUACGGGUUUAGCCAGCCGAGUAACGACGGUUCUUAUGGUCGUGGGUUGUAUCUCUCGCCUGAUAAUGCUCUUCUUGAAUGUGUGAAGGGUUCAGCUGCGGAGUCGGAAGAUGGGAUGAGAUUCUUGCUGCUUUCAAGAGUUAUACUUGGGAAGUCUGAGGUUGUUCCACGAGGGUCGACUCAGUCCUGUCCUAGCUCUCCAGAGUUUGAUUCUGGUGUAGAUAAUUUAUCUUCUCCGAAGAAGUAUAUUGUGUGGAGCACUCACAUGAACACACAUGUCUUGCCUGAGUUUCUUGUCUGCCUCAAAACUCCGUUUAAUUUCAACAGUCCAAGGAGAUUGAGAUCGCCAUGGAUGCCGUUUCCUUUACUGAUCAAAGCAUUAUCCAAGUUCCUACCUCCUCCUCAGAUAGUCAUCAUUCAAAAACACUAUAGAGAUCAGCAAAACAUGAGAAUCUCAAGGAGCGAACUAAUACAACGAGUCAGAAGAAUAACCGGAGACAAACUGCUUGUACAUAUCAUCAAAGCUGUUGGAAAUAAAGUACAACAACAGUAAAAGACUCCAUUGCAGAGAGAUCAUCACUCUGCUGCAUUUAUGGAUUCUCCUCAAGUGUUUUCAGCAUCACAAGGAUCAAGACCGAUUCAGAGAUUUGUAUGUGUAAACAUGAGAGGACUCUGCUGUUUGUCUUUCUCCAUUGAUAGUGACGAAAUUUUAUAUUAUCCAAUAGACUAUUUUAAGAUCAAUAGGUUUAACAAACAUUACUUUACUGAAGAAAAUUAACAAAGUUGACUUUUCAUAUUA